GGGCGGGCUCGGGUGUCAGAGACCAAGCCGCAGGUGGAGGCGAGCGCGGGGCUCGGUCUGAGCUUGGGAGAUGAGGAAACUGAAGCACAGAGCUGGACAGUGACUCAGACACCAGGCACUGGAUAGGAGCCUGCAGGGGUCUCCACAGAGGUCAUCAGGAUGUCAUAUUUUGGAGAACAUUUUUGGGGUGAGAAAAACCAUGGUUUUGAGGUUCUGUAUCACAGCGUGAAGCAGGGACCCAUCUCAACCAAGGAGCUGGCAGACUUCAUCCGGGAGAGGGCCACCAUCGAGGAGACCUACUCAAAGGCGAUGGCGAAACUUUCCAAGCUGGCCAGCAAUGGGACCCCUGUGGGGACCUUCGCCCCACUCUGGGAGGUCUUCCGUGUCUCUUCCGACAAGUUGGCACUCUGCCACCUAGAGCUGACUCGGAAGCUACAGGACCUCAUCAAGGAUGUGCUGCGCUACAGUGAGGAGCAGCUCAAGAUGCACAAAAAGUGCAAAGAGGAAGCAGUGGGCACCACGGAUGCUGUGCAAGUCCUUGCGGGUGUCAGCCAGCUCCUGCCCAAGUCCCGCGAAAACUACCUGAGCCGCUGCAUGGACCAGGAGCGGCUGAGGAAGGAAAGCACCAGCCAGAAGGAGCUGGACAAGGCAGAGACCAAGACCAAGAAGGCAGCAGAGAGCCUGCGGCGCUUGGUGGAAAAGUACAACUCUGCUCGCGCGGACUUUGAGCAGAAGAUGCUGGACUCAGCCCUGCGCUUCCAAGCCAUGGAGGAGAGCCAUCUGCAGCACAUGAAGGCCCUGCUGGCCUCCUACGCCCACUCGGUGGAGGACACCCAUGUGCAGAUUGGGCAGGUGCAUGAGGAGUUUAAACAGAAUAUAGAGAACGUCAGCGUGGAGAUGCUGCUGAGGAAAUUUGUAGAGAGCAAAGGCACAGGCCGGGAGAAGCCUGGGCCUUUGGACUUUGAGGCAUACAGUGCAGCUGCCCUGCAGGAAGCAAUGAAACGUUUGCGGGGAGCCAAGGCCUUUCGCCUCCCGGGACUGAGCCGGCGGGAGCGGGAGCCGCCUGCCACUGUAGGUUCCCUGGAGCCUGAUUCAGUGACAUGUCCAGAGGUGGAUGAAGAAGGUUUCACUGUCCAACCUGAUGCGACCCAGAACAAUACAGCAGAGCCCUCCCACUUCUCAUCCAGUGACUCUGACUUUGACGAUGAGGAGCCCCGCAAGUUCCAUGUGCACAUCAAGCCCGCCGCAGCCCGCGCCCCAACCUACAGCCCCGAGGCUGCUGCCGCGCAGCUCAGAGCCACGGCUGGCAGCCUCAUCCUCCCUCCUGGCCCAGGGGGCACCAUGAAACGCCAUUCUUCACGGGAUGCUGCUGGGAAGCCACAGAGACCUCGAUCUGCCCCGAGGGCCAGCAGCUGUACAGAGAAGCUGCAAUCCGAUGAGCAGGUGUCCAAGAACUUAUUUGGGCCGCCCCUAGAGUCUGCCUUUGACCACGAAGAUUUUACAGGCUCCAGCAGCUUCGGCUUCACCUCCAGCCCCUCGCCGUUCUCCUCCUCCUCGCCUGAGAACGUGGAGGACUCCGGCCUGGACUCGCCGUCCCACGCGGCACCCGGGCCCUCCCCGGAUUCCUGGGUCCCCCGUUCGGGCACCCCGCAGAGCCCACUUAGCUGUAGGGCGCCGCCCCCCGAGUCGAUAGGAACACGGCUCCUACCACUGUCGGACUCAGCACAGCCUCUGGCCCCAUCCCCGGGCCCCUGGGGUCUGGAGGCCGUGGCUGGAGGAGACCUGAUGCCUGUAACUACUGACCUCACAGCCAGGGAGGGCCUGGCAGCUCCACCCCGGAGACCCCGCUCCAGGAAGGUGUCCUGCCCCCUCACACGCAGCAAUGGAGAUCUGUCUCGUUCCCUGAGUCCUUCACCACUGGGGUCCUCGGCCCCCAGCACUAUCCUAGAACGGCCCAGCUUCUCAUCACAGACAGGACAUGGAGUCUCCCGGGGCCCAAGCCCUGUGGUCCUGGGCUCCCAGGAUGCCCUGCCUGUGGCCACUGCCUUCACCGAAUAUGUCCACGCCUACUUCCGCAGCCACAGCCCCAGCUGCCUGGCUCGAGUAACUGGGGAGCUGACCAUGACCUUCCCCGCUGGCAUUGUGCGUGUGUUCAGUGGAACCCCACCCCCGCCGGUCCUCAGCUUCCGCCUCUUGCACACGGCCCCCAUUGAGCACUUCCAGCCCAAUGCUGACCUGCUCUUCAGGAACCUGGGAGAAAAGCGGCUCCUAUGGAAGCUUCCAGAUGUGUCUGAGGCAGGGGGCUCUGGCCAUCUAUCUGCCAGCUGGGAGCCGUGCUCAGGGCCCAGCACACCCAGCCCAGUGGCUGCUCAGUUCACCAGUGAGGGAACCACUCUGUCGGGCGUGGACCUGGAGCUGGUGGGCAGUGGCUACCGCAUGUCAUUGGUAAAGCGGAGGUUCGCCACAGGAAUGUACCUGGUGAGCUGCUGAGUGUGCAGAGGCUGCCCAGCCCCGCUGGUCCCGGCUCUGCCCUGCAUCCUGGUGCUCACUGACUGCUCCCUGCCUUCCUGCCAGACCCUGGGUCCCACCCUGGCCUCCGCCAAGGCCCCAACUAUGUGGAGACAAGACCCACACCCAGCCUGGUUGAGCCUGAGAUUCAUUUCUGCUCAUGCCAGCUCCCAUGCCAGUCCUUGGACUUUUAAUGUUCUUUAAAUAAACACUUUAUUUUCUAAUAAAAUAAAUAAUGAUCCUU